GUCAGGCGGUACUUGCCGACAGAAUCAGAAGCCUCGAGACUGACUUGUAUUCUCCGACUAUAAAAAAGAAGUAGAGGGUUUUAGGCUUUUCACGAAUCUCUUCUCUCUUUUGUAGUGGCCUUGAAAAAAAGAUUCAAUCUCCUGUUGUGGUUUUCGAGUCUAAAAGCAUGGCUUCUAAGAGGAUUUCAAGGGAACUGAGGGAUAUGCAGAGACAUCCUCCAGCAAACUGUAGCGCAGGUCCUGUGGCUGAGGAGGACAUAUUCCAUUGGCAAGCAACUAUCAUGGGACCGCAUGACAGUCCGUAUUCCGGAGGCGUAUUUACGGUUUCUAUUGAUUUCUCUUCGGAUUAUCCUUUCAAGCCACCAAAGGUGAAUUUCAAGACUAAGGUGUACCACCCAAACAUCGACAGCAAAGGAAGCAUUUGCCUUGACAUAUUGAAAGAGCAAUGGAGUCCUGCUCCUACCACAUCCAAGGUUUUGUUGUCGAUUUGCUCGCUGCUGACUGACCCGAACCCAAAUGAUCCUCUUGUGCCGGAGAUAGCUCAUCUCUACAAGGUAGAUAAAUCAAAAUACGAGUCAACUGCACAAAAAUGGACACAGAAGUACGCGAUGGGAUGAUAAGACAAAGGUGGUCUAGACAAGGAAAGGAUGUCUUACUUGGCAAUGGAAAUAGAAAACUGAAGAAAAAACAUUUACCUUUUCUGUUUUUUGGUUAGUUUUAGCAAUGGCUGCUAUGAUGUGACGAUCAUAAUCGAAAGACUUUUUUAGCUGCUCUUUUUUACUUGUCUUCAGUGCUCUGAUCAUAUUCUUAUUUUUCCAAUUCCAUUUUAAUUGGAAACUGCUAUUGC